AUGGAGGAAGAUCGGGCGCAAACCGACUUGGGCAUCGCCGCCGAUAUUGAAGAGGCUCAUCGCCAAGAGGAGGCUGCGGCUCAGCCAGUCUUGAAGCAACCAAAGAAGCGCUUCGUCGGAAGGAGAACAGCAGCUGAGACCGCGGCCAAGAAUGGAGGCACGGAUGGGUCCAUCGAAGACAGCAAGUCCAUUCAAGUCGCACAACCCAGAAGAGGCCCACGCCUCCUGAACCAAGUGCCCCCCGAGAUCCUCAAUGAUCCGGCACUCAAGUCCGCAAUCUCCAUCCUCCCCUCAAACUACAGCUUCGAGAUUCCCAAAACCAUCCACCGCAUCCGCUCCUCGGGCGCCAAGAAGGUCGCCCUGCAAAUGCCCGAGGGCCUCCUCCUCUUCGCCACCACAAUCUCCGACAUCCUCACCGAGUUCUGCCCGGGCAUCGAGACCCUCAUCAUGGGCGACGUCACCUACGGCGCCUGCUGCAUCGACGACUACACAGCCCGCGCCAUGGGCUGCGACCUCCUCGUCCACUACGCCCACAGCUGCCUCAUCCCCGUCGACGUGACAAAGAUCAAGACCCUCUACGUCUUUGUCGACAUCAGCAUCGACACCUCCCACCUCCUGGCCUCGCUCGAGCGCAACUUCGCCUCGGGCAAGACCGUCGCCGUCGUCGGCACCAUCCAGUUCAACGCCACCAUCCACGGCGUGCGCGGCACCCUCGAAAAGGCCGGCUUCAAGGUCCUCGUCCCGCAGAUCGCGCCGCUGAGCAAAGGCGAGAUCCUCGGCUGCACGAGCCCGCAGCUCCGCGACGACGACGGCAAGGUCGACAUGAUGCUCUACCUCGGCGACGGCCGCUUCCACCUGGAGAGCAUCAUGAUCCACAACCCGACCAUCCCGGCCUACCGCUACGAUCCGUACUCGCGCAAGCUGACGCGCGAGACGUACGGCCACGACGAGAUGCAGGACCUGCGGCGGUCCGCCAUCCGGACGGCCAAGACGGCCACGAAGUGGGGUCUCAUCCUGGGCUCGCUCGGCCGCCAGGGGAACCCGCACACCAUGGGCCUCAUCGAGAAGCGGCUCAAGGACCGCGGCAUUCCGUGGGUGAACCUGCUGCUGAGCGAGAUCUUCCCGGGCAAGCUGGCCAUGAUGAGCGACGUCGAGUGCUGGGUGCAGGUCGCGUGCCCGCGGCUGAGCAUUGACUGGGGCUACGCCUUCCCGCGGCCGCUGUUGACGCCGUACGAGGCGCUGGUCGCGCUCGAGGUGCGCGAUGAUUGGGGGAAGGGAGUGUAUCCUAUGGAUUACUAUGGAAAGGAUGGGCUUGGGCGCGUGAAGCCUGGCCAGCUCGAGGCAUCGGCGUGA